AUGGAUCAUCGACUCAUCCAUAAUGAAGACAAGAAGUAUGACUGCAAGGACUGUGGUCGCAAGUUCAAAACUAAGCAGUGUUUGCGUCAACAUUCGUAUGUGCAUGUGAAAAACAAGCCUUUCAACUGCGACUAUUGUGGACACGGGUUCACGCAGAAAGGGUUCUAUGAAGAACAUCUGAGGAGACACAUGGGUCUUAAGCCAUUCAAGUGUGGUGUCUGUGCAAAGCAGUUUGUGUCCAAGUCCCUUCUCAAGAUUCACCUGUACAGUCACACGACAAAUAAGCCGCACAAGUGCCCCUAUUGCCCAAAAACGUUUUCAGAGAAUUACUUGCUGCAAACUCAUGUACGAAACCACGAAGAUAAUAGACCAUACCAGUGUACGGAAUGCAUGAAAGCCUUCUGUGCCAAAGCAAAACUGGUGCGACACCUGAACACUGUACAUGGCAUAGACAAGGAAGAGCUAGUGACCUUUGUUCCCACACGUAUUGGCGGAGGCCUCGGAUACAGAGAUCCCAAGAAACACCCUGAAAUCAAACCGCGCACAACUCAGGUCGUUUACAUUGACUCCCAGGGACAUAUAGUGCGUAAGGAAAUGAGAGAGGUUCAGCACGAUACAAUCGGCGGAAAGGACGACAGUGAUAGUUCAUCUCAGCCAUCGAGCAUGUCCGACAUGCAGAUGGAGGUUCUAACUCAGCGGGAUGCGGACGGGAACAUUCACACAAUAGUUCCCACGCAGUUCAUAGCUGACAACAUGAUGGCAAUGGGUCAAGACGGGAUGCCGAUUGUUUAUCAGGAAGUAGAGGGGAACAUGACCGGGGAGGGAAGCAUCCAGUUUAACGGACAGAGCUACACGCUGGUCACCAAGGGAGACUUAGGGGAAGAGGUGCAGAAACUCCUGAUCGCCCAGGGACUUGAGGGUGUGCAAGUGUCUGAGGGGGAAGGGAUGGAAGCCCAUUUGCAGGUGGUUAAGAUGGAGGAACAGGAGGUGGGUCAGAUGGAGGAACAAGAGGUGGAUGAGAUGGAGGAACAGGAAGUGGGUCAGAUGGAGGAACAGGAAGUGGGUCAGAUGGAGGAACAGGAAGUGGGUCAGAUGGAGGAAGGGGGCAUGGAGGAUCUUGAGGGGGACAAUGUGCAUGUGAUCACUGGCAGUGAGGGGUUGGCAGCGGACGGGAUGCACAAGUUCAGCAUCAACAUUGGCGAGGAUGGGUCGGUGAAUGAGAGCGACCUUGAGGCCAUUAAGAAUAUGUACAAUGAUCAGCAGAUCAUAUUUGUGGUGGAAAGUCCUCAGUCUGAAUAG